AUGUCGUCGUCCUGCAACGCAUACGGGUACAACUACCCAUGCCACCUUCACCUCAGCUCUGGUGCACGCAUCGGCAUCGGCGUUGGCGUGGCGGCCGGUGUUUUGCUCAUCGUCCUCAUUUCGCUUCGCUUCUGCUGCUGCUGCAAAAAGCGUAGAAGACGCUUCCGCCAGCAAACCACUCUGCCCGUGACAGACCAACAGAACGAGAUGUCGAACCACCAACAAGGACACGGUGGAGGUGGGUACGGCCAACCAUACGGUCAACCGUGCGCGACACAUCAAAAGUCAUAUGCGUACGGCGAAGGACAGCCAUACGCUUCGCCUGCGGGUCAACCUUCGACAGGUGCCGAUUCGUCCCACUACGCCCCUCCUCCUAACCCGCCUCCUCCGGCAUACAAGCCUUGA